CAUUGAAUUAUUGGGAUUGUGAUGAUUUAUUACUAAAUAAUGAUGACCAUCAAUUUAUUAAUAUUGAUAAAAAACAUAAUUACGAAAAAAGUGAAAAAAAACCAGACGUUCAUAAAUUAGAAGAAAUUGCAUUAUCUUUGAUUAAAGACAAUAAUUUAUCGAACCUUCCAAAUUUCUCAGUUGUUCAAGGUUUAUUAAUUUUAUUGAAUUAUAAUUUCAAAAGUCUAAAUUUAUUGAACAACAACUGGAAAAUUAUUUGUCAAAUAACAAAUAUAAGUGAAGAAAUUGGAUUGAAUAUUGCUGCAAAUGAAUGGACCACUAUACCAAUAUGGGAAAAGAAAAUGCGUAAAAUCGUUUCAUGGACUAUAAUUUUAUUUGACAAAUUAUAUGCAUUAUUAGAAUUUAGACCAAGCCAUAUUCAUUCAAAUAAUUGGAUUAUUGGAAAAUUAGAUUAUGAAGAUUUCUUAUUAGACAACUUAACAUUAAACAAAUUGCAAGAAAAUAAAGACUUGAUUAAUAAUUUUUUUUUAUUUCACGAUGAAUUUAAACUAGAUAAUAAAAAUGAGAAUAAAAAUGAGAAUAACAGCAAUUGUAGCCCUGGCAAUAAUAAUCUUAGUAAUAACAGCAGCAAUAAUAAUAGUAAUACCAAACUUUAUAAUUUGCAAAAUAGCGAUGAAAUUUUUUCAAACACAAGUUUUAGAUCAUUAUCCCCAAGUACUAACAAAGUAAUUAAAGAGAUAUUUGAUAAUAGCACAGGCGAUUUAAUAUUUAGAGAAAUGAUUAAUUUGUCAUUUUAUAUUAACGAUAUUUUAAAUGAUAUUUAUAAUUUGAAGAGUUUUAGAUUCGAUUCAUUUGAACCAAUUUUUUUGAAAUCAACUGGAUUGAUUAAUGGACUACAUGAGUGGUAUAAAAAUUUGCCAUGGUUUUUAAAAAUCAUAGAUACAAACGAUAACAGAUCGAACAGUGAAAAAAAUAAAAUUAAAAAUACCAAUAAAAGAGUUUUAAAUUUUAAUGGGUCAUUGAAUUUGACAUAUUAUUGUUUAGUUUUAUUAAUUUAUAGAAGGAUUAUAAAUAAGAUUAUUGAAGAAUAUGACAAAUUAAUUCAUGCAGGUGAUGAUACAAGGAAUAAAAUUGAACAAGUGAAAACAAAUUGCGAGAUGUUUCUAAAUGAUUUUUUAGUGAAUUUUUUAGAUAAUUUGGGAGAGCAUCAUUUGAUGUCAUUUUGGUAUUCUAAUACUACAAAAUCAUUGAUUAUUAUUGGAAUAAUGAUGUGUUUGUUAAUAAAAUUAAACGGACUCGAAAUAAAAUUUGUUGAUAAAUUGAAGAAUCUGAAUAACAAUGGCAUUGGAGAAGGGAUUCAACAAGAUGAAAUUGAUACUAGCAUUAAAAUAAGGGAUGUUAAUGGAAAUUUUGAUAAUUUUUAUUCUCAGUCCAAUCUCGAAAUAUUAUCCAACAUCAGCACAAAUAACUCUCCUGAUAGUUUUCAAACUUUUGAGGAGAAUCCAAAUAUAAAUAAUUUCAAUAAUAGGGGAUUUCGAAAUAAAGUUGACUUUGAAAAUCAAAGGGAAUUGUUAUUAGUCAAAAAGAAAGAUUAUAUUUGCUUAUACAAACAAUAUUAUUCUAAAUUGGAAUCACUAUCUAAAGAUUUCAAGCAUGGAAAAGUAGCUAUUGAGUAUCUAGACACUUUGAUAAAAUUUACCAAUAGCAAAACAUCAGUUGAAAAAAGAAGUUGCUGGAAUGACAUCUGAAAAUAGAAAAUUCAUUGUUUAAAACUGACCUGUAUUUUCAAAUUGAAUUUUGGAAUUGAUUAUAUCAAGUUCUGUGCAAAAACGAACAUGCCGCCAAUGAAAGCUAUAGAAUAGUUUUUCUUUUAAUUUUUUUCAUCUCACAAAAACAAAUUUACAAGACUAAUGGUGGUACUAAACGAUUGAAUUUUUAUUCAAUUGAAUCUUGGUGUUUCUGAAUACAUGGUGUUUAUAUCUGUUU